AUGAAGAAAUAUAUAAAUAUUUUAUUUAAAAUUUUAACGAGGGGAGACAAUUUUGAAGAAGUUUAUUUGAUGUUUACUAGACGGGCAGGAAUUUUGAAUAAUAGAAAUAUAACAGUGCUUUAUGAUUAUAUUGCUGAAUAUAUAGCAACAUCUAGAGACUGUUUAAAACUUGUACAUAAUAUUACUCUUGAUUACUCUUCUCCCACAAGUUUUAAAUUAAGCGAAAUAGCGGGAAACGUAGAAAUUAAACAAAUGAAUAAUUUAAAAUCUGCCAUUUAUCAAAUUGCCAAUAUUUAUGAUCCAAAAGUGAGAUUCUCGUUUUGCAAUGAAGAAUGGAAUGAUGGUUCGAGUUAUGAUGUCAAAGUUAAAAUAAAGAAAGUAGAAUUUGAAUGA